AUGUACGGGCUGCUGUGCGAGAGUCUUCACGACUUCAUCAAGGAGUCGUACGGAGAUGAUGUGUGGAAGCUGGUCAGGGAGAGAGCAGAUGUCAGGCUGCACUCCUUUGUCACCCACCAGGUGUAUAGCGAGAGCGUGAUUCCCCGUAUUGCAAAGGCAGCCAGUGGAGUGACAGGGACGCCCUACAAUGAGCUGAUGAACUCCUGGGGUGUCUAUUUCCUGGGCUUUGUGGGGAAGUACGGCUAUGACAGGAUCCUCAAGGUGUUGGGCCGCCAUGUACGUGACUUUGUCAACGGCCUUGACAACCUCCAUGAAUACCUGCGCUUCAGCUACCCCAAGGUGCAGCCCCCAACCUUCUUCUGCCAGGAGGAGUCUGCUACUGGAGUCACCCUGCACUACAGGAGUAAGCGUAAAGGCUACCUGCACUAUGCCAUGGGUCAACUGAGGCAGAUGGGGAAGCAGUUCUACGACACGGACAUCCAAGUGGAGGUGAUGUCUGAGCAGAUUGUCGGAGACUACUCCCACGUCACCAUGAGGCUGAACUUUGACAACUCAGCCUACCGCUACAUCAUGAAGGAGGAUGAGGAAGAGCAGGAGAUAUUGCCCAUUACCUCAGACUUCUUCUUUGAGGUCUUCCCCUUCAAUAUUGUCUUCAGACAGGACAUGGUGGUGCAUAACGUGGGCUCGGGCCUGUCUACAGUCUUCCCUGAUCUGGAUGGGAAGAAAAUCACCGAUGCCUUCUUGCUCGCUCGCCCCCUAGUGGAGUUCAACUGGAACAUGAUCAUCUCCCACCCCAACAACGGGUUUGAGAUCAUGUCCAAGGAGCCAGUGAAAAGAGAGAGGAACCUUCACAACCGAGUCCAAAAUUUGGACUAUGAAAAUGCCAAUCGUACCGCUGACGUCGAUGUGGAGCUCAUGGCCUUCCAGUCCAUCAUUGGAGAUGAUUACAAAGACGGUAACAGCGCUAAUGCGAUGGAGAGCUGGGGUGAUGGGACGCGCUGCCUGAAACUAAAAGGACAAAUGAGAUACAUGCCAGAAUGGGAGUCCAUCAUCUUCCUGGGAACUCCUGUGAUGGAGAGUCUGAGUGCGAUGUUUAGGACUGGCCUGUACAUCAACGACCUGAGCAUGCACGACUCCAGCAGAGACCUGGUGUUGGCGGGGACUCAGCAGUCAGAGGAGCUGAAGAGAGCUCUCAUACAGGAGCAGAAGAAGUCCAGCAAGCUGGAGGAGAGCAUGAAGAUGUUGGAUUAUGAGAUGAAGAAGACUGAUGACCUUCUCUACAGGAUGAUUCCCAAGCCUGUGGCUAAGAGGCUCCGCAAAGGAGAGCCUGCUGUGAACACUUGUGAGGUGUUCCCAGAUGUGACCAUUCUCUUCAGCGAUGUUGUGGGUUUUACCCGCAUUUGCAGCCACAUCACCCCGAUGCAGGUGGUCUCCAUGCUCAACACCAUGUACACGCUGUUUGACACGCUCAGCGAGAAGCACCGCGUCUUCAAGGUCGAGACCAUUGGAGAUGCCUACAUGGUGGUUGCUGGGGCCCCGGAGAAAACCAAGUACCACGCUCAUAACAUUUGUGACAUGGCCCUCGACAUGGUGCGCUCCAUCGACCACCUAAAGGAUCCCUCCAACGGCAACCACAUACAGAUUCGUGUUGGGAUCCACUCUGGCAUGGUUGUGGCAGGUGUGGUGGGACAUAAGAUGCCACGUUACGGUCUGCACGGGGACACGGUCCACACCGCAUCUGCCAUGGAGAGCAACGGCAAGGAGAUGCACAUUCAGCUCAGCAGCGCCACCUAUGAGCACCUGAAAGGAAGUCACUUCAUUUUCGAAAGGAGGGGCAUCAUCACCAUCAAGGGGAAUGUUGAAAUCGAGACGUACUGGCUGAAAGGAAAGAGGGACAAGGAUGGGAACGCUCAGGCAGCGUGUCCACAGUUUGAGACUCAGACCAUCAGCAAGGCCAACAUCAAAGCCCCCGAGGCCAAACGAGAUGAGGAGGGACUGGUUUUUCCUCUGGUUGCGGGGGAGGGCAAGGACGAUGUCAAGUCUAUUCCCUCUCACCGCAUCAAGAUGGAGAUUUCAGGCCAUUCCCCGGAGGAGAAGAUGGAGGAGGGCCACACGGAGGAGAUGUCUGGUCAUAAGGCGCACCACAAGGACGCGUUGCAGGACGGCCUCGGGGACUCUCACCUGGAACUGAACUCGCCUGACGGCCGAGACUCCAUCACGGAGUCCCGCAACAGCUCCUGCGACUCCCACUCCUCCAAGAGUGCCAUGUGCUCUGUGUCGUGA